UGUGAUAAAAGCCCGAAACGCCAGCUACAUUUCUUAUUAGAAGUUUGAUACUGUGACGUUCACGUUAGAGCAUCUUUAUAUAGAUGGUAUAUGAUAACAUAAUGACGAGUGUUUAUAGUAUACUGGGUAUAUACUAUUUCGUACUUAUAUCACAAGGCCAAGCUGCCGUAUCGUCCGACCCAUCGGAAGAUGCUAUUAAUCAAUAUGUCCUUUCUAGGAACAAAAGAAGCACCUCCAAUUAUGACCUCGUGUCAUCACACAGUGUCUGCCAGGACAAGUCAGAUGAGGCAACCGAAACAGGUGUGACAGAAGCAGAUAAAACAUUAAUAGUAAAUUUACACAAUCUAUACAGGUCUAACGCCAACCCACCCGCUUCUAAUAUGCUCAAGAUGAGAUGGAAUGAUGAAAUAGCUGUCAUAGCACAGAAAUGGGCUGAACAUUGUGAUAUGACGCAUGAUGGUAAUAAACAGAGAAGUGUACCAGCUCGUUACAGUGUUGGUCAAAAUUUGGCCAUGGGUGCGUCUGGGUUUCAACAAGCUGUAGACCUGUGGCAAGCAGAAAACUCCACUUUUGUUUAUAAUGGUAGUAAUGCGCUUUUGGAAGUUGGUCACUAUACACAAAUAAAUUGGGCAGACACUAAUUUAAUUGGUUGUGGAUAUGCUAAAUGUGGAACAAAGAAUUAUCAUGUCUGUAAUUAUGCAACAGCAGGUAAUGUAAAUGGUAGAUUGGGUACACCGUAUAUAAGUGGAACACCAUGUUCAGCAUGUCCUGGUCGCUGUGUUGACGGUAAACUUUGUGAUUGUGAUGUUACCUGUUGGCAUGGUGCAACAUUAGAUCGUACGACCUGUACAUGUACUUGUUUAAAUGAUAUGUAUUUAGCACCAGCAUGUAAACUUGAUUGUGAGAAACCGGAUCCGUCUUCUGGUGGUUAUAGUUGUAGUGGAUCGUUUGGUCAGAGGGCAUGUCCUAAUAAUCCGACAUACUGUCCUAACAAAUGUAAUUAUUGUCCUGUUGCUGACUAUCGUAAUGUUGAGAAAGAAUUUAUCUCUUGUCUUGGAGGUGGAGGAGAUAUUUUAACUGUUCACUACACAACUCUCCUCUUACUGUUAAGCACAGUAUUCCUAACGGUUUUGAAUUAACUCAGUAAAAGGAGGGGUUAGGGUCUAUUAUAUUGGGUUUGAUUGUCCUCGUUAUACUCUUUAAAACAUAACUUUUUUUUUUAGAUAAUGGAUUUUGAUAAAACUUGGAAUAUACUUUCAUUACCACUCAACUAAAUUUGAACAUCAACACCUUAACUGUCUGAUCCCUUGAAAUAUCAAUGCCAUAUGCACAUAUUUAAUUAACCUCCUUCAAUAUGAUUAGAAAAUAAGAAUGUACAUUGCAUUUACUGUGAUCUAUACUUCCUGGGACCACAAGAGUAAUUGCUUGUAAUAUUUAAGCAUAUAUGACACCUUGUUGAAAUAAAUUUAUCAUUUAAUAAUUAUUUAGCACAAUGCAAUAAUAAUCAAACGCACAAUUUUGUGAUUUAUUAAUUAAUCAAAAAUAUUUAAUUACUAUGGGUUUUUUCUUAAUAUUGUUAUGUGUGCAUGCAUUUGUUAAUAUAAUUUAUACAUUAUAAAUAUGUACUCUUAAAGAUGUAUUAUGCAAGAGCUAAAUCUGACUAUUGCAGAUCUUUUUUUCUGGCUUCAAAUGUUGUAUAAAGUACUAUUUUAUUGACAUAGAGGGCCUCUCUAGACCAAUGGAUGGCUCCUAUUUUAAGUAGAUUAUUCAAGUGUUUAAUGAAAAAAUAGAUAAUCAAGACUAAAUCUAGAUUGUCAAGUACCAUGGCAAUCUACAAUACAUUAAGUCAAAACUUCAAACACUCAUAACUUCGCACAGAAUAUAAUAAUUUGACUGAAAAUAUAUGUUUUGUAUUCAUUUUUCAUUGUCUAUUUUUGAACUAUUAUAACAAGAUCAACGAGCUCUUUAUCUAAUUCUUACAUAAUGCAUCUUUAAUACUUUGCACUUAUUUCUACCCCACUAAAAUUAUAUGGGGUAAUUUAUGAAUUUUUAUAAUAUAUUCCAGAGGGCUUUGUUACAUAAUGCAGCUUUUUUUCUUUACCUUUGCACAUAAAACAUAAGCAAUAAUCUCUAAUACCAAAUAUUUAUUUAUUAUUUUGUACAAAGGUACAUUAUUUUUUUAAAUUACAAAAUGAUGAUUUACAUAAAUUUAAUGAUAUUCUUGUGUUUAUAUGUACAUUUAACAUUUAUUUAGUGACAGAACAAUGAAAUAAAGAAAUGUAUAGCUAAA